UCCUGAUGUCACUUCCACCCGCGCCAUUUGCUGCCGCUGCUUCCUUUGUUCAGAGCGUAGAUAAGCUUCAGCACGCGCUUUCUCCAUCAGUUCUGACUUCGCCUGAUUUCUCCGCGAAAACCGUGAUCAACAUGGAUGCUAAUAACAAGAGGAAGAGCAGCAGCGGGGACAGUAAAUAUCUGCCGGAGUUACUGGCGGAGAAGGACAGCCUGGACUCAUCGUUUACGCACGCGAUGAAACUCCUGGGUGCAGAGAUUGAGCGGGUUCAGAAGGGUGAGCCAAAAAAAGAGUCUGAGACAUACCUGGAUCUGUUCACUGCCAAGAAUGUGAGGGUGAAAGAGCGAGUGCUCAUUCCCGUAAAGCAGUAUCCUCGGUUUAAUUUCGUGGGAAAGAUUCUGGGGCCGCAGGGCAGCACCAUCAAACGUCUGCAGGAAGACACCGGGGCAAAGAUCUCAGUGCUUGGCAAAGGAUCCAUGAGGGAUAAAAACAAGGAAGAGGAGCUGAGGAAGGGUGGUGAUCCGAAGUAUGCACACUUGGCCAUGGAGCUGCACGUGCACAUCGAAGUUUUUGCUCCCAUUCCCGAUUGUUACCUGCGUAUGGCACAUGCCAUGGAUGAGGUUAAGAAGUUCCUAAUGCCUGUGGAUGGUAUUGAUGAGAUGCAUCCGGAUGCUUUCAUGGAUCCAGGGUUUUUGAAUGGCUCCCAGGACAUGUCUGGCCACGGCAGAGGUCACGGUCCUCCUGGAAGAGGUCGCGGUGGCCCACCACGGGGUCGCGGUAUGCCCCCUCGUGGAGCGCCGCGUGGAGGAGCUCCAAGAGGAGGUCCAGGGCGCGGAGCUGCAGCACGAGGAGCCCCCGCCGGACGGGGUGGUCCUCCACCCUCCACACCAACCAGAGGAGCAGGUGCCUCUCGAUCAAGACCACCAGCACAGGCUCAGAGGAUGACGCCAGCAACUGCUCUCUCCCACCAACAGCACUCGGUCAAAACUGAAGCUUACGGGGAAUAUGCCUAUGAAGAACCAUAUCCAGAGGCUGCCUAUGAAGGAUAUGAGAGCUACUACAGUCAACCUGCACCACAGCCAGACACAGAGUAUUAUGACUACGGUCACGGUGAGGCACAGGAGACUUACGAGUCUUACACAGAAGACGACUGGGAAGGCGCCGCUUGGGGUGGUGCUGGGGGAAAGGCACCUCCUGCCCGGCAGGGCAAGUCCUUUCGGGAACACCCGUAUGUCAGAUACUGAGAGCUUUCCGUCACUGCAGUUGUUUGGGCAACCGCCUCCCCUCGUAAACCUCUUGUAACCCACCCAAAGUAAUUCUAGUUGUUUUUUGUAUCUUGUUUUUGGUUGACACUCCCUUUUUAAUAUGAAUCUACUCUUUACGUAGGACGAUGACCAUUUAUAAGUUCAACAUGACACGUUUUAGAUUUGCGAUUUAUGCUGUGCUAUUUGUUUUUACUUUUAUUUCUUUUCUUUUAAUGGUUAAGUGUUUCUUCUCUGAAAAAUGGAUACCUGAAUGCUAAUUAGCUGAUGUCCAUGUGUAAAGUGACUUGCUAAAAAAAGAGAAAAUUGCCUGUUAAUAUCACUUAGAUUUAUUCCAAACGCGCUUUUUGUUAGGCAUAGCAACAAAAAAAAAAAUUGAGGGAUGCUCUUAAAAACAAGUUCCUGUACAAACCAACAUGUUACUUAGUUUUCAAAUGAACAAAUUCCAUUUGGUUUGAGGCUAUUUAUUGUUAAGUCUCGUGAAAACAUUCAAAAUUCGCUGAUUCCUUUUGUUAAUUCAUUGAGCAAAACGAUAUCCCAAAGGUUCAAGUUUACUUCUAGACAGGUAAAAGUACAGCCCUCUCAAACCUUUGUACGUACAAUAUCCAAAUAUUAGACUUGUUUUUUUGAUGUUUAGUUUUGCAGUUUGCGUAAUAUUAGCAAAGUUGUGUGCAUUGCCUAACUAGGGAACUAAAUAUGUCGGAAAUGUGUCCCUAUCAGUUUGUCAAUAAAGCAUAGUUUUCUUUUACAGCCUACAAAACGUUUGUUUUUGACUUAUUAAAGUUGUAAUAGUCAUCCUAUAUAAAACUGUCAACUGUUGUCAAAAUUCUGCAUGCUUUUUAUAACAUCACAAUAUUUAGAUGGAAAACUUGUUUUGAUGUUCAAAAUAUAUUGUGUAUAAACCGUUGAUAAAUAGCCUGCAAUUAGCGGAGUUAUUUGUGUCAAGUAGAUCGGGAAAAAAGCUGCACCUUAUGUCUUGUACAGGAACAAUUGACAAUUAACAUUAAAGACAAAUAUUUCCAAAAUCUGUUGCCUUGGUCCUCCAACAAGCUAAUUUGAGUUUAUUUUUGAAUAAUUUAAAGGGGUCAUGCCUUUUAAAAUCAGUUCAUGCUUUUGAUGGCCGUUGUACAAUGAAAACACUCAGAACUCAAAACUUUCAAGUAAAUGAAUUAACUCGAUUCGGUAAGACAACUUCGAUGAAGUGUCUGCCUGUUUUGGUGCAAAAACAAGUGGGUAUGACCUCUUUAACAGAAAAUAGUCAAACUAUUCAUCAUUAACAAUGAUUUAUACACAAUCCUGGAAUUUUAAUGUGUUUAUACCUGUUUUAAAAGCGAUAACCCUGUUGCAACCUCGCAUCAGUCACUAAAUCCCUCUGAUGUCACAGACUCUACAUGUUUGUCUUCUAUUGAAAAGGAUCUUGAGGUAAGACCUGCAGAGUCACCUCUAAAAGCACAGAUAGAUUCCCCUUUUUAAAAGGUAAAGUAUACAUGCACAAAACAAUUUAGAUGUUUGGUGCUCACUUUGCGUCCAAAACAACAAAAAAAAAAGCAAAAGAAACGGCAUGAGAUGUAUUGUCCAACCAGAUCACUCAAGGCAAAGGCUUUCGUAGCCCAGGGUCAAAGUUUUGACUGUGAAGAUGAUUCAAAUGUUCGCCGGCUUAAACGACAAAAUUGGGAAAGAUGGCGUAAAGUGUAAUGCAAGCUUCAAAAAGGUAAUAUCAACCCUAAACUUCUCUCUUAGCACAACUGUUCAUUCACUCAUUUGUACACAAUCAUUUGCAAAUUCAAAUUGCGUUGUUUACAAAUUCAAAAGUCAAUAUUCCUAAACCUGGAUAACAACAUAAAACAUUCAACUUUCUCAAAACAAGCAUAGUGUUAUUUUAUAUGCAAAUCUUGUGUUAAAAACAAAUAGAUUCUAGUUUUGUCAAAAUUACAUUGUUAUUAAAAGUUUUCUUGAAGCUGUACAAAAUAGACAAAAAAAGACCUCAAAUUUUACAAGUAUUAGAUAUUUGUGUAGAGCUGGACUUGUCUUUUUGUGAGGUUGUGUGUACUAACUUUUCUCUUGUGUUGCUCAGUGACUGAUGGCGAGAGCUUCUCUCCAGACUGGGUCUACUAGGCAGCUGCUACAGGCUUUCGGUGCCAUUUUGUACUGAAGAGGAAAUUUACUGUACUUUUUUUAUAUAUACAAUUUUGUGUAAUGUUUGGUGAAUGAGUCAUUUUUAAUGUAUUUUAAGUGGUCUUGUUACUCUUUUUAUACAUGCAUUUUUGUAUCCUAAUAAAUGAUUUUAUAUGGA